GAGGAAAAACGGAGAAAGGAAGCUUGAGGAAGAAGACAGAGGAGCGUCUUCCUUACCGAGGCUUCUCCCUGAAGCUCCCCUUUUCUGCUGGAGGCGCCCCCUGCUGUUGAGGCAGUGGUAUGAGCCUAUUUGGCAGGAAGGCGCUGAUGUUGCUCAGCAGCGUGUUUGCUGUCUGUGGCCUUGGUCUUUUGGGGAUUGCUGUCAGCACCGACUACUGGCUUUACCUGGAGGAGGGCGUCAUCCUCCCCCUCAACCAAAGCACCGAGAUGCGCAUGUCGCUGCACUCCGGCCUGUGGAGGGUUUGUUUCUUGGCAGGAGAGGAAAAAGGCCGGUGUUUCACCAUAGAGUAUGUCAAGCCCACAAACGUCCAUAUGACCUCUGAAUCCACCGUUAGCGUCCUGAAGAUGAUUCGUUCUGCCACACCGUUCCCCCUGGUCAGCCUCUUCUUCAUGUUCAUUGGUUUUGUACUCAGUAACAUCGGCCACAUCCGACCCCAUCGCACAAUCCUGGCCUUUGUCUCUGGAAUCUUCUUCAUAUUGUCUGGUCUUUCUCUGGUUGUUGGUCUGGUGCUCUACAUCUCCAAUAUCAAUGAUGAAAUGCUGAAUAGGACCAAAACUAAUGAAGCGUACUUCAGCUACAAGUAUGGCUGGUCAUUUGCCUUUGCUGCCAUCUCCUUUCUGCUCACUGAGACGGCGGGUGUCAUGUCAGUGUACCUGUUUAUGAAGCGCUACACAGCAGAGGAAUUAUACCGCCCCCAACAGGGCUUCUACCGGCCACGCCUCAGCAACUGCUCCGAUUACUCGGGUCAGUUCCUCCACCCCGAUGCCUGGGCUGGCCGUGGCCGCAGCGCGUCCUCCAUCUCCUCUGAGGCCUCUCUCCAGAUGAAUUCUUCCACCUUUCCUGCCCUCCUCAAGUGUCCAGAAUAUGAACAGAUGUCCUCCUCACCUUGCUGAGGCAGUGGAUAGGUCAUUGGCAUGAGCAGUCUUGGG